AUGAAGCCCCAACGCGAUGUAGAUUUUCAUAAUACAUUCAUUCGUUUCCGUGGUUUCCAAGAAUAUUUAAUUCAUCAAUCUAACAUCAAUUUAGCUUUGGAAAUUUUACAAGGUCUUCGAGAAACAAUUGUUCCAAAUACUCCUAACGAGUAUGCUAAACUUUAUAUUGAUUGUUGGGACGGUAAACCUGAAAAUCGACCAUCUAUGUGUAAAGUUGUCGAACGAUUGAAAUCAAUUAUUUCUCAAUUAAAUGUGACAAUUGAUACUCAGAAAUAUGAAGUUUUUGACAAUAUAAUCAAUGAACAUCAUGAUAAUAGUGGAAUGUAUAAUUUAGGUUGUUGUUAUCAAUAUGGAAUUGGAACUAAUAUUGAUCUCCAAAAAGCAAUUGUAUUAUAUGAAAAAGCUGCAAACUUGGAUCAUGAAAUGGCUCAAUUUAAUCUUGCCACCAUGUAUAAAGAAGGAAACGGAAUCAAUAAAGACAUAGAUAAAGCAAUUUAUUGGUAUAGGAAAUCUGCCGAACAAGGAUAUCAACAGGCUCAUAGUAGAUUAAAUAAGCUCUUGAAAAUAAAUAAAAGGAAAACAGAUGAUUUAUGUAAAUUAGAAAGCAAUUUUUCACAAAUUAUCGAUCAUGGAAUGAAAAGAUAA